AUGGACGCCACGCUAUCCGAGAAAGUCGUACCGCAACGACCAUUCGGAACAGCUGCCGAGCGGACACGGCGCAGUCUUAAUGCCAAACUCUCCAAUCCGCUGGCCGGGUUCAGCCUUAACGAACUACGGAAACAGGGUCGCAUAUUUGCUGAACUUCACGAGAUGGGGGAUGAGUCGGAUAUCCGUGCUUUCGAGCUAGGUGCUGUACUGGCCCAGUCUCCGGAACGAUAUGACAAUGUCACCGGUCUAACAAACCAGGAGAAGGGGGUAUUGCGUCGGGAGUUCACGCGUCGCUGGUCACAGCCAUGGAAGAUGUAUGCUGUCAUUUCGUUGUAUCAAACGGUUGUCAACGGAGCCCAAAUAUUUUACAAAUACCAAUUCGGCAUUGGCGACGAAUCCUCUCGGAACGCCUGGCUCCUCGGUCUCAUAAACUCCGCACCAUACCUCUGCUGUGCCUUCAUCAGCUCCUGGCUAACAGUCCCGUUCAACCACUGGUUCGGCCGCCGCGGCACAAUUUUCCUAACAUGCUGUUUCUCUGCGAUAGCCUGUCUCUGGCAGGGAUUUGUCUCAACCUGGUGGGCUAUGUUUGUUGCACGGUUCAUGCUAGGCUUCGGCAUCGGCCCCAAAUCAGCGACUGUGCCGAUCUACGCAGCCGAGACAGCCCCACCAUCCAUCCGUGGUGCAUUGGUUAUGCAGUGGCAUGUGUGGAUGGCGUUUGGGAUUAUGGUCGGGUAUGCAGGGGACCUCAUCUUCUACCACGUCGACUCGACUGUCAUCGUCGGCUUGAAUUGGCGUUGUAUGAUGGCCUCGGCAAUGUUGCCGGCUCUGGUCGUUUGCUGUUUUGUCUUUACUUGUCCCGAGUCGCCGCAUUGGUACAUGCGCCAGAAGCAGUAUUACCGCGCUUACGAGUCCAUCUGUACGCUGCGGCAUCAUAAAGUGCAGGCAGCUCGUGACCUGUACUACAUGCAUGCCCUGCUAGAGGCCGAGGAUAGUAUGAAGCUUGGGCGAAAGAAGAUGCUGGAGCUAAUUAAAGUCCCACGAAAUCGGAGAGCGAUGUUGGCGUCUCAGAUUGUCAUGUUUAUGCAGCAGUUCUGUGGUGUCAACGUUAUUUCAUACUAUUCUUCCGAGAUAUUUCUCGAGGCCAAAUUCUCUCCUCCGGCUGCCCUAGCCGCCUCAUUAGGUUGGGGUCUAAUCACCUGGCUCUUAUCAAUUCCCGCAGUUUACACAAUCGACACAUUCGGCCGACGCAAUCUCCUGUUAUCCACCUUCCCACUCAUGGCCAUGGCAAUGUUAUUCACAGGGUUCAGCUUCUGGAUCCCCGAGAGCAGCCACACUGCACGUCUCGCCUGCAUUGCUUUGGGAACAUAUCUUUUCGGCAUCGUCUACUCACCCGGUGAAGGACCGGUGCCAUUCACAUACACAGCCGAGGUGUACCCGCUUUACAUCCGGUCAUACGGAAUGGCGCUAGGCACGGCAACGAUAUGGUUCUGUAAUUUCCUGCUGGGUGUGACGUGGCCGUCCCUGCGCGCCACAUUUACAAUACAGGGUGCAUUUGCUUGGCAUGCAGGUUGGUGUUUGGUUGGAUGGUGGCUGGUACUCUUGUUUAUGCCCGAAACGAAAGGGAAGACGCUUGAGGAGUUGGAUCAGGUCUUUUCUGUGCCGACGAGGCUCCAUGCGCGGUAUGGAUUGAGGCAGAUUGGGUAUUUUGUUAAACGAUAUUUGUUGAGAAGGGAUGUUAUACCGGAGGUUCUUUAUGAGAGGGAGGAAUUGGUGAAGGCUCGGGAUGUGGGAUUUAAUGCAUGA